GGACCUCGGCUGCUUUUUUUUUGGAGGAUUUUUAUUUUGAUGUUUCUCUCCAGAUUUCCGUGGCUGUUUCCAGGCUGGACGGGUGUGGGGAAGGAGGAAGUUGUUUUCCCUUUUUUUUUUUUUUUUUUUUUUUGAAGCUGACGGCGAACGCUUCAACUGGUCUGUGGACACGAUGCUGUCAGGGUUUGGGGGGUGAAGCAGGGUUUGGUUCUCCUCCUCUUGAAGCUCCCCCCCUGACGUGGAAGCAACAGCCUCAAUGAAAGUUGAAGGUUUGUUUUUUUCCUAAAGGUUUUUUUUUCCCCUGAGGAUGAAUAGAUGGGAAGGAUCAAGAUAAGGUGGUUUGCAGCCAGGCCACCCAUUUUUCCUUUUUUAUUCUCCAAACGCGGUCCUUCCCUCCUGUCCACAACGCCAGGCAGCGGUUUUGGAUGAAGCGUGCUUGUGGUGAUGCGUCUCCCCUUCACUCCCACUGACACCAGGUUGGAUUUCCCCUCUUGUCGGAUCUGUGCGUUUCCAGAAUGGCUCGCUUCGCAGACGAUCUACCCACCCGCUAUGGAGGGAGCGCGGGCGGCGGAGGGAGAGGCGGACCGGGCGCCGGGAGAGGGGGCGCCCGGGGCGGCGGCGUCCAGAGGAUGUACAAGCAGUCGAUGGCCCAGAGAGCCCGAACCAUGGCCAUUUACAACCCGAACCCCGUCAAGCAGAACUGCCUCACGGUCAACCGCUCCCUGUUCAUCUUCCGUGAGGACAACCUCAUCAGGAAGUAUGCAAAGCGGAUAACAGAGUGGCCUCCGUUUGAGUACAUGAUCCUGGCAACGAUUAUCGCCAACUGCAUCGUCCUGGCCUUGGAGCAACAUCUACCCGCCAGUGACAAGACGCCGAUGUCGGAGCGCCUGGACGACACGGAGCCCUACUUUAUUGGAAUAUUCUGUUUCGAGGCCGCCAUUAAGAUCAUCGCCCUGGGCUUCGCCUUUCACAAAGGCUCCUACCUCCGCAACGGCUGGAAUGUAAUGGACUUCGUGGUCGUCCUCACAGGAAUACUGGCCACGGUGGGUUCAGACUUUGACCUGAGAACUCUGCGAGCCGUGAGAGUCCUGCGGCCCCUAAAACUGGUGUCUGGGAUUCCCAGUCUCCAGGUUGUCUUGAAGUCCAUAAUGAAAGCCAUGGUCCCGCUGCUUCAGAUCGGCUUGCUGCUCUUCUUCGCCAUCGUCAUGUUUGCCAUCAUCGGGGUGGAGUUCUACAUGGGAAAGUUCCAUCAGUCCUGUUUCAAGCCUGGCGCGGAAAGGGUGGUUGACUGGCCAUGUGGUUCCGAGUUGCCAUCCAGAACUUGCCCCAACGGCACCGUUUGCCAGGAGUACUGGACCGGACCCAAUUUUGGCAUCACCAACUUUGACAACAUCCUAUUUGCAGUGCUGACAGUGUUCCAGUGCAUCACCAUGGAAGGCUGGGUGGACAUCCUCUACAGCACUAAUGAUGCUGUGGGAAACAACUGGAACUGGCUCUACUUUAUCCCUCUCAUCAUCAUCGGCUCCUUUUUCAUGCUCAACCUGGUGCUCGGUGUCCUGUCGGGAGAAUUUGCCAAAGAGCGAGAACGAGUGGAGAAGAGGCAGGAGUUCCUCAAGCUUCGCCGACAGCAACAAAUUGAGAGGGAGCUCACCGGAUACCUGGAGUGGAUCUGUAAAGCAGAGGAGGUGUUGCUUGAAGAGGAAGAUGAGAUUGCUGAUGAGAAGUCCCCGCUGGACGGUGCGUGGUACAAGAGGAAACAAAACCUGUCAGUUCUGAAGCGUGGAAAAAUCAAGAAGGGCAAAAACGAUCUGAUUGGUGCUGAGGAGGGCGACGAUCCCUUUGCUGACAUGUCCUCUGUUGUUCCCCCCGGCUCUCCGUUUGGUCGGGCCAGUGUGAAAAGUGCCGGGAAGAUGGACAGCUCGUCCUACUUCCGGCGUAAGGAGAAGAGGUUCCGCUUCUUCAUCCGGCGCAUGGUGAAAGCUCAAAGCUUCUACUGGAUCGUUCUGUGCUUGGUGGGCCUCAACACUCUGUGUGUGGCCAUCGUGCAUUACGACCAGCCUGAUUGGCUGACCAGAGCGCUCUACACAGCAGAGCUGGUGUUUCUGGGCUUGUUUCUGACGGAGAUGACUUUGAAGAUGUACGGCCUCGGAGCGAGAAACUACUUCCACUCGUCCUUCAACUGCUUUGAUUUUGGGGUUAUCGUGGGAAGUAUUUUUGAGGUCAUCUGGGACAUGAUUAAACCAGGAGCAUCGUUUGGGAUCAGUGUGCUGAGGGCUUUGAGACUCCUCAGGAUUUUCAAAGUCACCAAAUACUGGAACUCGUUGAGGAACCUCGUCGUCUCCCUCCUCAACUCCAUGAAGUCCAUCAUCAGCUUGCUCUUCCUCCUCUUCCUCUUCAUCGUGGUCUUCGCGUUGCUCGGCAUGCAGCUCUUCGGUGGACAGUUUAACUUUGAAGAUGAAACACCAACAACAAACUUUGAUACCUUCCCUGCGGCUAUCCUCACUGUGUUCCAGAUUCUGACUGGCGAGGACUGGAACGCCGUCAUGUACCACGGCAUUGAGUCUCAAGGAGGCGUUCGGCGGGGAAUGUUUUCCUCCAUCUACUUCAUCGUCCUCACGCUCUUUGGAAACUACACUCUUUUGAAUGUCUUCUUGGCCAUCGCUGUUGACAACCUCGCCAACGCCCAAGAGCUGACUAAGGAUGAAGAGGAGCAGGAGGAGGCGGCCAAUAAGAAGCUCGCCCUGCAGAAAGCUCUGGAAGUAAAAGAAGUCAGCCCCAUGUCAGCCGCCAACAUUUCCAUCGCUGCUUUUGUAAAGCAAAAUCGAGAUGCACUCUCUCGCAGGUCGUCCGUCACCAGCAUUCAGUCACCCAAGGAGCAGCAGCGGUCUUCAAAGUCCAUGUCAGUGUGGGAGCAGCGCACCAACCAGCUGAGGAAGCACAACAUGAAGACGAGCAACGAGGCCCUGUUCAACGAGCUGGAUCCCGAGGAGCAUCUCAGGGUGUCCAGCACCCUCCACCUGCACCCCGACAUGAAGACUCACACUGACCGACCACUCGUUGUGGAGGAUAAGAACGGGGAUCAAACCAGAGCCGGAGUGCAGGAGGAGGCGGGAAGGCCCCGACAAGGCAGCGUGCGGGAAAGCUUCCACACUCACUCCAGGAGGCACUACCACCACCGAGACAGAAACGGCGAAGGGGGCGACACUCAGGGAGGCAGGCACCACAGUCAUCACAGCCGGAGCAGGGAAGACAACACAGAUGGUUCCCAGGAAAAAGAGAGGGGAGGGAAUCACGAAGGAGGACAGAGACACCACCACCAAACGGGUUCGCCCGAAGAGGACCCGCGGGCCGGCGGCACGGAGGAUAGAGGGCAUCGCCACCACCGCUCCCGUCGAACUGCAAAGGAAGGAAACGGACGUUUGACAAAUGGAGCACAGGAAGAGGGGAAGGGGAGAGGGGACAGCAACGGAGAGAAGAAGCUGCGCUCGUCCCGCGUGGCUAAGCCUCAGUCCGCUCUGAGCGGAGAUGAGUGCAAGAGGAACAGGAACGGAUCCAGAAUUCACAGGGAUAGACAGGCAGAUACAGAGGAGGACAGCCUUGCUGGCAGUCCUUUACAGCUGAAGCGGAGCAGUCUGACUCCGAGUGAAAAACAAGAGGACGCUGACAACCAGAAGAACUCCACCAGGGCCAGUCAGGCCGGCCUCAACUGCAACGCUGUCCACAUCCCUGUCACUAUCACUGCCCCACCUGGAGAAACCAUCAUCAUACCCAUGAACAACAUCGAUUGUGACAACUUCCAGCUCAGCGACGAAAAGAAAGAUCUGGAAGAGGAGGAGGCAGCUAACGGGCCUCGGCAGAUCCUUCCCUACAGCUCAAUGUUCAUCUUCGGACAAACAAACCCGGUGCGACGCCUGUGUCACUAUGUGGUCAACCUGCGCUACUUUGAAAUGUGCAUCCUGAUGGUCAUCACCAUGAGCAGCAUCACGCUGGCAGCCGAGGACCCGGUGCAGGCCAACGCUCCGCGGAACAACGUCCUCAAAUAUCUGGAUUAUGUCUUCACCGGAGUCUUCACCUUUGAGAUGGUGAUAAAGAUGAUCGACCUCGGACUGCUCCUCCACCCCGGCUCUUAUUUUCGGGACCUUUGGAACAUCCUUGAUUUUAUUGUGGUCAGUGGAGCUCUGGUGGCCUUCGCCUGCUCGAGCCUUAUGGGAUCACAACAAAGUGUUGCCAGGGGGACGAAGGGAAAGGACAUCAACACCAUCAAGUCCCUCAGGGUCCUGCGAGUCCUGCGGCCGCUGAAGACCAUCAAACGGCUGCCUAAACUGAAGGCUGUGUUCGACUGCGUCGUGAACUCUCUGAAGAACGUCCUCAACAUCCUCAUCGUUUACAUCCUCUUCAUGUUCAUCUUCGCCGUCAUCGCUGUGCAGCUCUUCAAAGGCAAAUUCUUCUACUGCACCGACGAGUCCAAGGGUCUGGAGAAAGACUGCAGGGGUCAGUUUCUGGAGUAUGAUCGUGAGGAAGUGACGGCUCAGCCCAGAGAGUGGAAGAAGUAUGAGUUCCACUACGAUAAUGUUCUCUGGGCUUUCCUGACGCUCUUUACUGUCUCCACCGGAGAGGGCUGGCCACUGGUCCUGAAGCACUCUGUGGACGCCACAUAUGAAGACCAGGGCCCCAGCCCGGGCUACCGCAUGGAGACCUCCAUCUUCUAUGUGGUCUACUUUGUGGUGUUUCCUUUCUUCUUUGUCAACAUUUUUGUGGCUCUGAUCAUCAUCACCUUCCAGGAGCAGGGAGACAAGGCCAUGUCGGAGUGCAGCUUAGAGAAGAAUGAGAGGGCCUGUAUUGACUUUGCCAUCAACGCCAGGCCACUUACAAGAUACAUGCCAGAGAACAAGCAGUCCUUCCAGUACAAGAUGUGGAAGUUUGUGGUGUCGUCACCUUUUGAGUACGCCAUAAUGACUUUAAUUGCCCUCAACACGGUCGUGCUGAUGAUGAAGUUCUACGGAGCUCCAAUGGUCUACGAGUCUAUGCUGAAAUACCUCAACAUCGUCUUCACUGGCCUCUUCACACUGGAGUGCAUCCUUAAGAUUAUUGCUUUCAAUCCACUGAACUACCUGAAAGAACCCUGGAACGUGUUUGACUUUGUGACUGUGAUUGGGAGCAUCACAGACAUAUUGUUCACAGAGAUAAAUACGAACAAGAUGAUAAACCUGAGUUUCCUGAGGCUGUUCAGGGCGGCUCGACUCAUCAAGCUGCUGCGGCAGGGCUACACCAUCCGCAUCCUGCUGUGGACCUUCGUUCAGUCCUUCAAGGCCCUGCCGUACGUCUGCCUGCUUAUCGCCAUGUUGUUCUUCAUCUACGCUAUCAUCGGGAUGCAGGUGUUUGGUAACAUUGAGUUGAACGAGGAGACUUCCAUAAAUCACCACAACAACUUCCAGACCUUCUUCCAGGCCUUGACCCUCCUGUUCAGGAGUGCAACAGGCGAGGCGUGGCAUGAGAUCAUGCUAGCUUGCCUCAGUAACCGACCGUGUGAUAAACUCUCAGGAAGUUCGGGAAAAGAGUGUGGCAGCGACUUCGCCUAUUUCUACUUCGUGUCCUUCAUCUUCCUCUGCUCCUUCCUGAUGUUGAAUCUGUUUGUGGCCGUCAUCAUGGACAACUUUGAGUAUCUGACUCGGGACGCCUCCAUCCUCGGGCCUCACCACCUGGAUGAAUUCAUCCGCGUGUGGGCUGAAUAUGACCCCGCAGCCUGUGGGAGGAUAUGCUAUCGGGACAUGUACAAAUUAUUGCGUUUAAUCUCGCCUCCCCUGGGCCUGGGGAAGAAGUGCCCCAACAGGGUGGCUUAUAAGCGACUGGUGAGAAUGAACAUGCCGAUCGCUGAGGACAACACCGUCCAUUUCACCUCCACGCUGAUGGCUCUGAUCCGCACAGCCCUGGAGAUCAAGCUGGCAUCCGGCGUGCUGGCGCAGCGUCUGUGCGACGCCGACCUGAAGAGGGAGAUCCACCGGGUCUGGCCCAACCUGCAGCAGAAGACCGUCGACCUGCUGGUGACGCCGCAUAAGUAUAACGAGCUGACUGUGGGCAAAGUCUAUGCUGCACACAUGAUCUUUGACUACUACAAGCAGAACAGGGCCAAGAAACUCCAGCAGCAGAACCCAUCAGGGAUCUCUCAGAGUAAACUGGGGGCGCUGUUCCGUCCUGUGCUGCCUUUCACUCACUUACACGAGGCGGCGCCACCAGUCAAGCCCCCUCCUCCCCCACCAGAACCUGAGCCAGAACCCAAACCAGAACCGCCACCCAGCACCACCAGUGCCACCAUGAACAGCGCCACCACCAGGGACACAGCACUGAACCAGAGGAGCAACAUAAAACAUUCCCAGUCUGGAGAUUUCUCCCAGCCAGCUCAGAGGCAUAAAGCCCGGAGGAGGCUGCAGAGAGGCCAGUCGGAGGAUGUGCAGUACGUCACCAGAGCACAGGAGCAGCAGGCUGACCCAAAGCCGGGGGAGAACAUGUCCGACACGGAGGGGUAUCCCAGCCUGGAGGGCCACACCCGGGCCGCGUCUCUCCCUCGCUUGAAUGCCGAGUACCACCGGAGCCACCCUCGCCACGCCCCCGGGACCCACCUGGCACCAAUUGUUGACCUCAGCCCAAUAAAACGCUCGGCGUCCUCACUGACGCCACAGCGCCCCCUACAGGAGGUCGGGUUGAGGGAUUACGACCUGGAACGGGUCGAUCAGACCCGGUUCCCUGCAGGACCAGAUCAGGUCCAGGGGCAGGACAGAACCCACCACCAUCACCACCAUCAUCGCUGCCAUCGACGCAGGGACAAAGACAAGAAGCAGAAGUCUCUGGAUAAAUCGUCGUCAGUGCAGCCGUCCAGCACAGUCGGCUCGUUUGAGGACCCGUCAGCUGAUGGUCUGUCCAGAGAGCGAGCGAGGGAGCGGGAGCGCAGUCGCCCGCAUGAGAGGAGGCACCACUCUUCUGCCGGGGAGAAGCAGCGGUACUACUCCUGCGAGCGUUACGGCAGCAGGGAGCAGUGUCAGGCCAGGUCGGCCGGACCGAGCCGGUCCACAUCACCAGGAGAAAGCCAGGACUUUGGUCCCAUCAGACAGCAGGGAAGCUCUGUGGUGAAGCUGCCGUCUGGUACCAACACACAAGGCCGCGGUCGGAGGCAGCUCCCGCAGACGCCUCUCACGCCUCGCCCCGCCGUGGCCUACAAGACACCCACCUCCUCAGCUCCUCCGCCCAGUGCCAGCGCCCCUACGGCCGGGGCCCAGGCCCGCUUCAGCCGCGGCAUGUCCGAGCACGACCGCCUCCUCGCGGGUCACGAAGAGUCUAAAAUCCCAGUCGCCUCCUUCGGUUCGGACUCUAACUUGAGCCGGCAGCAGUUGGACUCCUCCCACCAGGCCCUCCUGGAGGAGGGCGAGGACUACCAGGACGCCGUGAGCAGCCACGGCGGGGGACACGCCUCCAGAAGCGCCGCUUCCGCCUCAGCCUCACAGGGAACCGCGGCCGCGCCCGUCCCGGCGGCCACCGUGCAGGGACGGGCGGCGGGAGUGCCCAACGGGUACCACUUCACCCUCGGGUCUGCGUCGGGGCCCGGGAGCAGGGGAGCAGCAGGUCUCAGGGAGCGUGAGGAGGAGGACUGGUGCUAGCUGGGUGGGGGGAGCUACAGAAAGAUAACUGAAACGCUAAAAAAGUAAGAAAAAAAAAGUGCUGCUGCGCACCGACGUCAGCCGGGUAGAGGCCGGUCGACGGGGGAACGUCCCUGGACUGUGCUGUUAAAGGAGUUCACAGAUCAUUCCAGCUUUUUAGUGUUAAUUUCUAAUAUUACAACCUCUUUACAGGAAAAAAAACAAAACAACUUUUUCUAUCCCGUUUAUUGCACUGAGAUAAUAGCACACAUGGAGACCCCUGACCGUCUGCCUUGGCUGGUAAAUUCAGAAGAUAUAAGCCAAAAUGUUCUGAGUGGAGCUGUGAACUGUGUUUCAGACCAAUGGGAAUGCCUCAUUCCUGACGUUAUCAUAGCUGCUCACACUGUUUUAAUUCAGAUUUUAUGCCUCUGUUUGUUUGUCUGUCACAUGUGUGGGUUAAAGGUUUUAUCCACUGAACAGCAUUUCAGAUUAUUAUUAUUAUUAUUUUUUAGUUUGUUUGUUAAGCUGCUACUUUGUAGUUUUUGCCAAAAAAAAAAAAGGGUUAGGAAAAAUGUUUUCAUUCAGGUAUUAAGAUUGUUAUACAUCUGACAUCUACAUCAUGAGUGGAAAGAGAGACUUCAACCAAGGGGGCAAAAAUGUGGAAUCUCUACUCUUAGAAGACGUCCGGUUAGUUUUUAUUUGACUUUAAAGCAGAUUUUUAUCAGUUUUAUUUAACAGAUGAACAUUCUGAGUUCUUAAAACAAUAAUUACAUAGCUGUGAUAAAUGGCGCAGAGUGAGGUGUUUAUAUAAAAAGACUAAAUUGUCAGUAAACAAAACGAAUGGAUUCCCCGUUGAUUUCAUUUUAUAAAACAAAUACCUGCACAAGUCUAAUUCUUCAAAUGGCUUCACAGUUAAAAGGGAGUGAUUGCAGAUCUUGGCGAGCUUUUUUCCACGAAGCAAGGACCUCAGCAAGAGAGCGUUCAGCUGAAACGACGGAGCGUCUAUAAAAGCUCCACAAGGAGAGUCGAAUCAACAUGGAGCUCAUCAAAAGACGCCAGUUGGCGGGGUCUGGAAGUUGAAAGAUGGAAACGAACUGUGCAGAUUGUAAAAGUGAAGCAAGAUCAGAGGAGAUGACCUGAAAAAGUAACCUACUAGUGUUAAUGUUAAAUCUGAAAUUAACUGGGAUUUGACCCUUUUUGUUUUUUGAAAAGCCAAGUUAAGUUUGUCUCGCUACAUCCAGGCCUGAUUACUCAUAGACAUCAUAGACGUAGACGCCUCGUUGGGCGGGGUCUGCCUAUGCUGCGAUGCGUCAGAGCGUCCGCCAUGUUGAAUGUGGCAAAU